ACCAUGUGCUAUGCUAAGCACUUUCCGAAGACCAACUGAAAAGAAUAUGGGUCGCUCCACUUUUUACCUUCACCUUCUUGUUUCAUCUUUUCUUAUUUUCACUUUGUUGCUGAAUGCUGUCCAUGCCAGUAAAAAGUGCUACAUUGUAUAUUUGGGAGCACAUUCUCAUGGUCCAAUUCCUUCAUCUAUUGAUCUUGAAACUGCCACACGUUCUCAUUAUGAUUUGCUAGGUUCAAUCUUGGGAAGCUAUGAAAAGGCCAAAGAAGCAAUUAUUUAUUCAUAUAAUAAACACAUCAAUGGCUUUGCGGCUGCACUUGAAGAGGAAGAAGCAGAAGAUAUUGCAAAAAAACCAAACGUGGUAUCUGUGUUCUUGAGCAAAGAGCAUAAACUGCACACUACUCGUUCAUGGGAGUUUCUUGGACUGCAAAGAAAUGGAGUGAAUUCAGCAUGGCAAAAGGGAAGAUUUGGUGAAAAUACAAUCAUCGCUAACAUUGACACAGGUGUUUGGCCUGAAUCCAAGAGUUUCGCUGACAAGGGAAUAGGUCCUGUCCCCACAAAAUGGCGUGGUGGUAAUGUCUGUCAAAUUAACAGACUUCGGGGUUUGAAGCGAGUUCCAUGUAACAGGAAGCUAAUUGGAGCAAGAUUCUUCAACAAAGCCUACGAAGCAUUCAACGGCAAACUUCCCUCGUCACAACAAACAGCACGUGACUUUGUAGGGCAUGGAACACAUACUCUAUCAACAGCAGGUGGCAAUUUUGUUCCAGGUGCGAGUGUCUUUGGCAAUGGCAAUGGCACUGCAAAGGGUGGAUCCCCAAGAGCUAGAGUUGCAGCUUACAAAGCGUGUUGGUCUCUAACCGAUGCUGCAAGUUGUUUUGGCGCGGAUGUGUUAGCUGCUAUUGAUCAAGCCAUAAGUGAUGGUGUUGACGUGAUUUCGGUUUCUGUUGGAGGCCGAAGUAGUCUCAGUGCUGAAGAAAUAUUCACCGAUGAGGUUUCCAUUGGGGCGUUCCAUGCACUUGCCAAAAAUGUACUAGUGGUUGCUUCGGCAGGGAACGAUGGACCAACACCUGGAACUGUUAUCAAUGUGGCUCCGUGGUUGUUCACAAUUGCAGCUAGCACACUAGACAGGGACUUCAGCAGUACUCUAACUUUUGGAAACAAUCAGCAGAUUACGGGAGCUAGUCUUUUUGUAAACAUCCCACCAAACAGGUCAUUUUCUCUAAUCCUUUCAACUGAUGCCAAACUCGCCAAUGCCACAACCAGAGAUGCUCAACUGUGUAAGCCUGGAACACUUGAUCCUAGAAAAGUAAACGGCAAAAUAGUGUCAUGUCUUCGAGAUGGAAAAAUAAAAUCUGUGAGUGAGGGUCAGGAAGCUCUUUCUGCGGGUGCCAUGGGAAUGAUUUUGGGCAAUCAAGAGCAAAAUGGGAACACACUUCUUGCAGAGCCUCAUGUUUUGUCCACUGUCAACUAUCCUCAAGGCCACAAAAAAACAACACCCGCUAGUUUUGACAUUACUGCCACCACGGACCCUACAAUAAACUCGAAUGCUACAUUAAGGAUGUCUCCAGCAAGAACAUUGCUUGGUCGAAAGCCAGCUCCAGUUAUGGCUUCAUUCUCAUCAAGGGGACCCAAUAAGAUUCAGCCCUCAAUACUCAAGCCUGAUGUAACUGCACCUGGUGUGAACAUACUUGCUUCCUAUUCACUAUUCGCUAGUGCAUCUAACCUACCAUCAGACACACGCCGAGGGUUUCCAUUCAAUGUAUUGCAAGGAACUUCGAUGUCAUGUCCUCAUGUUGCUGGCAUUGCUGGACUUCUCAAAACACUUCAUCCUAAUUGGAGUCCAGCAGCUAUUAAGUCAGCAAUCAUGACCACAGCAAGCACAAGAGAUAACACCAACAGACCAAUACGAGAUGCAUUUGAUAAAAAACUGGCAAACCCUUUUGCAUAUGGAUCAGGACAUGUUCAACCUAACUCUGCAAUAGAUCCUGGACUUGUUUAUGAUCUAAGCAUUGUUGAUUACUUGAACUUCCUAUGUGCUUCCGGAUACGACCAACAACUCAUUUCAGCACUCAAUUUCAACAGGACAUUCACUUGUUCAGGAUCUCACAGCAUAACAGACUUGAACUACCCAUCAAUCACAUUGCCAAAUCUUGGAUCAAAUGCCAUAACUGUUACUCGCACAGUCACUAAUGUUGGGCCACCAAGCACAUAUUUUGCAAAAGCCCAAUUACCAGGAUAUAACAUCGCUGUUGUACCCAAUUCCUUGAGUUUCAAGAAAAUUGGUGAAAAGAAGACAUUCAAGGUAACUGUACAAGCUACAAGUGUAACUAAGCGAGGAAAUUAUAAUUUUGGGGCAUUGCUAUGGACAAAUGGAAAGCACGUAGUUAGAAGUCCUAUCACAGUUCGGCGCAAAUGAAAAUUUUCCUUGGAGUUAGUUGUUAUAUAGGUUAUCACAUUAAUGCAGAUGCAUAUGUAAAUGCAUCUCGUUUGUGUCGCUUGACUGAGACCCUUAGUUAUUUAAUCUUUUCUUUUUUGAGUUGUUGGGUUUGUUUUGUAAUAUGAUUGAUACAUGGGCGCAACACACUGAAAACCAGAUCAUUAUAUAAAAGAAUUUUUGUUAUGAAUAUAUUUGUUUGUCACA